UUCAAAUGCCACAAUCCAAUGCGGUCACGACGACAUGCCGACAUUGACCCAACCAAAGUAAGUUCGGCGGUAAGUUAGUUGUAUUGCACGGCAUAAGCAAGAGGUAUUCACAUGACACAAUGGAUUUACUUGUUCAAGCCAUUAUGCUUGGCUGGCCGGUGGUCCGGGAAGGCUGUCUUAACGUUAGCUGCUACUAGUACUACCUACAUACAGUACUGUAUAGCUUGCAGUCGAGAAAGAUUGCCACCGAAUUAUAUAACGUUAACGCUAGGAUCUUGGACUGAUGCAUUGUCUAGAGCUUGUCGAAGGCGCGUGGCGGCAAUAUCUGGCUUGUCUGCAUCCAAAAUCGCCCGAAUGACUGCAAUUCCAUUCGCACCUGCACGCAUCACAUCCACGCAAUUCGACUCCGUGAUGCCUCCGAUGCCUAUCAAGCGAGUAGAGGGUAGAGCCUGACGAACUGCACGCAUGAGCUCAGGGCCUUCCACGGACGUCUUUUCGGGGUGGGACGCCGUGGGAAACAUCGUGCCAACCUGCCCAAUAAAGUCAAUGGCAUGAUGCGUUGGGAUAGAGGAUGUACCUGCAAGUAGGAAGAUUCAAGGGCGGCUGCAGUUACGGCAGACGAUAUCGCGUGCACUGAUACGCCAAAGAAGCCACGUCCGUCCCACUGCUGCUGUCGUUCCUUCAAAGUCGCCAAGUACCGUUCGGGGUAGUGUCUCCCAUCGAGGCAUGGAGUAUUCUGUGGUAAGUCAGGCGGGGCAUUCACGACGUACAGCGGAGGCGUUGCCAGCAACUUUCCCAUCGACGGAAGGGCACGCAUGGCAUCCGCAAACUCGGAGGUCGAGUUAGGAGACGGCUGCGUUGAGCUAUGACGUAGCUGGACGACAUCAACAGCGGGUACAGACAACGCUGCCUUCAGUGCGGUGCCAACCAACACAUCAUGCGCACUCACCACCAGCACGAGCCACGGUCGCUGGUUGUGUUGCAACACCGCCAUGUGAAGGAUUCGAAUCUCAAGCAGCGAUUUUAGGGUACCCCAAAAACACUUCGAAUACAAAAUAUAAGAUAUUCGGAGUGAUGAUCAUCAAGGAGCCAAGACAAUUCCCAAUCACAUUUUGACUUUUCAAGUGUCAUGCAGAGUGUGGUGGUGAGAAGCUCGCGCGGGCUCGUCCGCGUUCAUGCCGUGGUAUACCUACGACCAUGCUAUGGGCAAGCAGCUGCCAUGUCUACGGAGUCUCCAUCUGCUUUCCAGAGACUAAAGAAGAACGUGCUGGAUCCGUUCACCCUUGGUGCGAAGGAACUUGUGCGAGAGAACCGGGAGGCGUGGGCAAGCCGUGCCAAGUUGCAGACUACGCCUGGAGUCGUGUUGACUCGUCGCGAGAUGUUUGUGCUGCGACAGGCGCCUCGAGAUCUUCUCAAGUCGCUUCCUCUCUUGAUCGCGUUCGCCGUACCCAUCGCCGGUUACUUGGCGCCAGUUAUGGGCUACUUCUACCCGAAGUGGACUCUGCCAUGGCAAUUCUGGACACCGACGCAAAAGGCGCAAUUCUUCGAAGAAGAUGUGCGCCAAAAGGAGUCGUUUUAUAAGGACAUCUCCCAACUGGUCGCGUCCGUCGACACCACGAAUACAUUCCUUCGCGAUGCCGCCGCUUCCUACACCAAGGACUCCAGCGAGGACAAGAUGGAUCCAAAGAUGUUGCCUGCAUUCCGCGACCUCUUUGCUUCCCCCGCAGCAUUGUCGGCGCUCUCGACACCCCACUUGAAGCUCCUAGUCCAAGCCACGUCCGCGUCUCCAUUUGUUAAGGUGAUCACGUACCUCCCCAAGACUCAUUUGGUGCAACGCCUGGAAAAGCGCGCGGGGGAGAUCACCGUGGACGACCACUUGUUGCUGCAGCCAGGAGCGGUGGACGUCCUGUCGUCGGCAGAGCUGGUGUUCGCGUGCGAAGAGCGCGGCCUGGUCGUUGCAUCGUAUAACGACGAGGACGCGUGUCGCGCGGCGCUGAAUGAGUGGCUGUCCAUGUACAAUGUCAAGCAACCUGUAGCACACCCCCCGUCGCUCUUGCUUCAUGCUCCCAUCCUUGCCACCUUUUCCUAAGUGAUUGAAUCAACAACACUUGUACAUGGU